AUGUAUCGAUAUGCAUGUAGCCGCCUGAAGGAGACGCCCUCUUUUGAUGCGUUUCGGCUACUGUAUAAGAUCCGGGAUUCGACUAACUGUUGGUCCAUCGGAAGGCGGGACAGCGCCAUUGGUCUGGUAUCGGGAUCGCCCAAGCUUGACUCGCCUUGGUACAGGGAGUAUCUGUUUGCUCGUCCCACGGGGCAGUCGUAUUCUGGGGGAACCGCUCCUCCCACCGAGUAUGCGGUAGGAUCUAAGGAGUCUUGGUGUUCCUCAACUCAGUACUCUUCGGCGGUUAGGGAUCAUGUGGACCGCCUCAUUGAAGGAUUUCACCUGCGUGUGUAUCCCAGCGGUUCAGGGAGUGCAUACGAGCAUGUUCGCGAUUUUUAUGGUCUGAGAGCAUUGGCCGAUGCGGUUCGUCCCAAGAAGAAGAAAGUUGUUGUGAAAGUGAGCGACCCUCGGGGAGCGGGUCCCUCGAUGACCGCUGCUGGAGCGGUAAAGGUUGUCGUUCCACCUCAGCGCCAGGGGACGCCCUCGUCACCUGGUGCGGUCACCCGUGGAGCUGGUAAGAGGCUGAUGGAACCUAGUGUUCCUGUCAAUUUGGCUAAGCGGUCGAGGACCAACUCGCCGCGUUCAAAGGUUGGGGAAAACCGCGGUAAGGCUGUGUCUCCUUCGGUGAAGGUGACUCAAGUUGAUCUUCCUCCUCAGGCGGCCACUGAUGGUGAGGCUGCUGAACUCGCUUUUCACACGAUCUGCGAUCAGCUUGUCAUGCCACCCGAGUAUACAGCUUCUUCCAGUGGUAACAGCAAGCGCCUUGCCGGAACCGCCACUCAGUUCUUCUUUGCGGCCCAGAUUGGAUUCUCUCAGAUUCUGAUGAACAACGACCGCCUAUCAAAAACCGUUGACGACCAGGCCGUAGAGAUUGCCAAGCUGAAGAAGAGCUCGAGCGAGGGGAGAGAAGCGUUGCUGGGGGAGAUUCGUCCACUGGUGGAGCGGGAAUAUGAGGAGCGGUUAGCCCGGAAAGACAAGGAGCUCAGUUUAGGAAGGGAGGCGGUUCGGAAAGCUCAGGAAGAGAGGGAUCAGCUGCAGGAGCGUGCAAAGAAGUCAAGUGAGAUGGAGAAGUUGUUACUGGAAGAGCAGGAGUCACUUCGGAAAGAGGUAGAGGCUUUGAAGCUGGAGAAGGCGGCCUUGCAAGUGAACCAUCAGGCUGAGUUGGAGACCGCUCGUGCUGAAGCCGGUCCAGCAUACUUAGAGUCUGCCGAGUUUCAAGCAAUGGACAAUGAGAAGUACAAGACCAUCGUCGGCAACGCGGUUGCUACUAUCCGUCAUUGGUUUCGUAUGGACCAACCAGAGGCGGUUUGGAGUACCGACGAGAUCUGGGAUGCAGUUGGUGCGUGGACGGAUGCGGAUGUGAAUUCUGAAAACGAGGAAGAAGGUUCUCCGGUCGCUGAUGGUGGAGGUGAUGAUGGCCCCCGCGAUUCUUGA